AUGGGGAAUACCGUUUUGUGUGGCAACAAAGAGAACGAGGCACUGAAACAAAGAGAACGAGGCGCUGAAACAAAGAGAACGAGGCUAUCUCCGUUCGAUGUGCGUCAUCAACGAGAAAAAGUAGCUCAAAAUGCGAGAUCCUGUCGAGAUCCAGGAUCAAUACAUCCCGGAUGGGGUCUGCUGACUCUUGAUCAAAGCACUCCACUCUAUCAAGCACUCGAACGCUUUCUGGUGUCUCACUACACUUCGACAGCUUUGAAAAUGGUUGCUGAAACAGCAAAUUUGGCGAUUGUUUCAAAGGAUAAACACUUUAUUAAAUAUGAUCUGACUAUCAAAUUGCCAGCGGAAUUUGAGCCAGAUUUGGAAGAUGUUCAUUAUCGUGAUCCAAGGCUAACUGCCACUCCAACUUAUUUUCAUCAAAUCAGUGAAGGAGUGCAGACAAUUGUCAUUGCAGCAAAGAUGAGAGUUGGUAAUGUCAUCGAAAAUGGGCAAUCAAUCUCGAAAUUUGAAAGAGUGGCUGCGAAAAGAAGAGAUCUCGUUCUCUUGGAGAGAAAAGCCAAAACCGCUCAGAAAAUGAACCAGAGACACGUGAAAGUCGAUCACCGCCACAUGGCCGCACUUCUCGUGCAAAUCUUCCGAGCACUCGAUUAUCUUCAUCAACGAGGAGUCAUUCAUCGGGAUUUGUCGUCAUCAAACAUUGGCCUUAACAAGAAAGAUUUCCGGAUAAAACUAUUGGAUUUUGGUGUAUCUGGCUUCAUGAAUAGACAAAAGGAGCUCACAGAAGGAUUGCAGUCAACUCCAUUAUAUCAGCCACUCGAAAAAAUCUUGAAUGCGAGAUAUGAUCAUGGAGUUGAUAUCUGGGCGGCUGGCUUGAUCGGAGUGGAGAUGUUGGGCAUGAAAUUAAUGAAUCCAACUAGAGAGGACCAGAAACGAAGUCUCUUCCCUGUCAAAAGCCGAAUCUUGAAUGUUGUUGGGAUUGAUGAAGACAAAUAUCAAUCAAUCUUUGGUGACCAAUUGAGCUGUGAAACGCCAAAGAAAGCGAUUCUCGAUCAAGAACUCGACAAAGCUUUCGAGAGACUCGAGAAUGAGAACAGAGUUGGACUGACAAGAAACGAUCUUCGAUCCCUUCUCAAAUCGAUCUUCAUUGUCAAUCCCCACGAUCGUUUCAGCGCCAAUGAGUGCCUCAAUUCAGCGUAUCUGCAAGUGAUGGAGAAGAAGCUCCCGAAAAACGAGAUUGCCGCCAAUGAUCUCACCAAGAAAAACGCUCGAGAUCAGAAAAUUCUAUUGGAGACUCUGCAUGCAUUUUCUAAAAGAAUU